CGCGCGCGCGCGCGCGCUUGUGUGAGAGAACGAAAGAAGCGCGGAAUGGGGUUGGGGUUGGACGAGUUUUCGAACGAAACGGAUUGCGCGAACAAACGAGAAUGCGAGGAUAUCGUACGCUCCACUACAGCGUCGCGUACAGGACGUGGCGCUAAACGUGGGAACGUCCGUGGUCCCCGACGCGAACCAGUAUUUUUCGCUAUAUUCGAACGAAUAUCAUCAUUCGUCUCUCCAGGAGUAGCAGCCAAAGUAAUUGUUGCAGAAUCACGUCAAUAUAGCGACGACGACCGCGUAGAUCGAGAUCGGAGUGGACCAGAGGAGUGGAAAUUAUGUGAAGCUACGUUGUAUAUAUGCCAAAAGUGGCACGAAUAUGGAUUGUAUAUGAAAUGUAUGAUAAUACAAUAUAUACAUGUAUUGUUGAGACAUUUGGGGACAAAAAGACAAAAAGGAUAAUACCACCGCGACCACGAUACAUGUCAGCAAGAAAUUUAAUAAUAUCGCGAAUUCGAUAUCUGUCCGAUCAUCAGAGUAGCGUCAAAAGAGAGGGGAAGGCGAGAGAAAGUGUAGCAAGCGCGGUAAAUUUCACUUUUAUUUCUCGCCGCGCUACCUUUCGGAAAGAGCUCGCUUUGAAAAGCUCUUUCAGAGCGUCUGACCAGUACUAGACACGCGCUACUUGGCUUUCACACACGAGACACGAGUGGCACGCGAGAGAUACCUCGCGUCUAUUCUUACGCUAUCUUGUACUACUGUGCGAGUAGACCAGACUCUCAAACUGGGGAUUGAACAUGACGGCGCAAUAUGAAUGUAAGAUACUUUCGUCGCGUCGCGUCGCGAAAGCAGAAUCGCGACGGUCGCGACGUAGAGUAUAAUAAUCAGAAUUUUAACUGCCGAUUACACCCAUACGGUCAGAAGACACAGAGUCAGCGACAAAAUUCAUUGCCGAUGUCCGAUAGGACAUUGCGGUAACGAAGAGUACUCAAUGUCGGAAUCACCCGACGUUCGGGAUAUUUUUCUAGUUGCGAAUUAAAGGUGGCGCGAUCGCGACGCGACGAUCGAAACGCCAAGGAUUUUUUCUACACGCACACACGUGUUGCUCGGCAAUAUCUCGCCACGGUAUCGACACGGCUCGCAUAGUAUCGCACCGUAUGUGCGGAGGUGAUUUGAACGCAGGGCAACGACUGCGCGCGUACCAAUGAGUGCAUUUCGCUCUGCAUCUAACGCAGCG